AUGUUUUCGUUGAAGUGCUCUAUUACAUUAGGCCUAGCUAUGUGGCUAGGCCUGUUAUUCGACAAACAAAACGGUUUUUGGGCAGGGCUAACAGUAGCCAGUACUUUAGCACAAGGCAACUUAGCAACAUUUACUCUUGCUAAUGCUCAGGCACAAGGAAUUACAUUUGGAUCAGUCUAUGGAGUCUUAAGUUGUUCUGUUUUCCAAAAAAUCGAUAACUUAAGAUUCUUACCUCUUCUCGCUUGGAUCAUUUUCAGCAGUUUUCUAAAACAUAGCCGGAUUUAUGGUCCAACAGGAGGAAUUUCAGCGCUAUUAGGAGCCGUGAUGAUCUUAGGACGAAAAAACUAUGGCCCUCACAACGAAUUCGCCAUCAUAAGACUAACAGAAACUUUCAUUGGACUGUCUUGUUUCGUCAUGGUACAGUUUAUAAUGUACCCGAAACGAGCAGCCAAUCUUGCUAGGAAUCAACUGCAUUGCACUUUAUAUAUUCUCAAAGAGUGCAUGAACCAAAUAGUACAAAAAGAUCAUCAAGAAUUGCAAGAGUUAAUGAAAAAACAGAAGAAAUUAAAAUCCAAAAUCCUAGACUUGAAAAAAUUCUGUUUUAAUGCAGAGUUAGAGCCUGAUUUUUGGUUUCUUCCUUUUAAUGCAACAUGCUACAAGAAGCUCCAAGAUUCAUUGUCGAAAAUCGAUGAUUUAUUUUACUUCAUCGUCUACAAUAUCAACAAUGUAUCACAUGAUUUUCAAAACAGUGGUGUUGAUUACAAAGAGCUACAAAAAUGUAUGAAUGAUGAAUUGAAGAAAUUGAAGGAAAGUGUGAUUUCGUCGAUAAGUACAUUUCUUGAUAAGCCUAGUUUGAUCAAGUUGUUCCCAGAUGAUGAUCUUGAAGAGGGGAAAUUUAGUAAAAUAAAUGAUCAAAUAACAGAUAGAGGAAUAAGUUUUUGCUUUGAGAGAUCAAAAGAAGUGAUUGAUAGAAUAUUGAGUAGCCAAGGAAAAGAGGAACUAAAAGAAAAGUCAAUUAUUUCAUUGUAUGCUUUGGGAUAUUGUAUAAACAACAUGUUGAAAGAGAUCAAAGAUAUUAAAAUGGCUAUGAAGGAAUUGGCACAGUGGGAAAGGUAA